AUGGGAAGGAUAAAGGACAAGCCACAACUAUUAUUUAAAAACUCAAACCAUACCUUCAAUACAUACUCUAAAACGUGCUCCGCUUUUUCUGAAGCAGUUACAAAGAGUAUUAUAAUGCAGCUAAAGAACAAGAUAAAAAAGAACAACUAUUAUGAUUACGGAGGAACGAUAAAGCGUGAUCUGAGUGUUGAAACUGAUAUUUGUAUUUUAAGAAGGUACGUUAAAGAAAAGAAAAGUAAAAUUGAAAAUAGACAGUCAUCAUGUGCCAGAUUUAAGUAUUCUAUAAAUAAUACAGAUAAAGAAGUCAUCGAAAAGUCAAAAGCCGAUUGCAGUGCAUGUGGUGAUAGCCAAGGCAAAAUUGACAGUGCUCAUCUUAAAGUAGAUCUUACGACUUUAGUUGUUGAUAAUUUAAAAACUUUAUUAAAUGACUGGAUAAGAAAGUACUUGUUAGAAAACGAUAAAACGAAACAAAAGAUUGCGACUGUACUUGACUCUCUAUUGCAUAAAGUAGAACUAGAACAUUCUUCAUCAGGAACUUAUACUGUAGAUGUUGAAGUUAUUAAUGAGACACAGACCACGAAUUCGAUAACAUCAAAGAGCAAAAAGGGGCAACUUAGUAUAAAGUCUCGUAGAAAAUUAUCAUCACAGACCGUACCAUUGACAGGACAACGGGUGAAACUAAUAUCAACAUUAAGCGUUCCCAAAAUAUUAUCGAACAAUAAUAAAAAUAAGUAUAACAGAACUUACUUCAACUACCAUAAAAGUUCAAUUAAUAAGUUACUUUCUACUUCAUCCAGUUGCAAUAUUUUAGAAAUAAAAACAGAAUCACUAACAAAACGUUGCGCGACGUAUCAAAAUUUACGAUGGGAAAAAAUCAGUGACCAGAAACAGUUUUGCUUUGUUCAGGAACCUACACCUACUGUUAGUUCUAUUAAAUUCUUAACUAAAAACGAGAGUAUAGACUUAAUUGAAGAUACUAAACAAAAAGAAAAUAUCUCUCAGCUUGAUAUUGAAAGAGUGCAUAGAAGUAAAGAACAUUUGGACAUGUCACAUAGCGCUAAAAUGAAACUUAACGAUCAAUGCAAACAACAUAAAAAUAAAACAAUUAAAAGGCAAACAACGCACCCUACAUUCCAUUUUAGCAAAGGAAAAAAAACAUUUUCAUGUCAAAGCAAACGAGUGCCCCGAAAAACACGAAGGAAUAAAGUUCUUAAGCAUAUUAAAGAUGUGUUCACAUAUUUUGAAAAUUGUGAGUGUAUCAAUGAUUUAAGAUUUGAUAUUCAUAUUAAUAUAUUGUCUGAUAAUAAUAGCAAUAAACCAAACGAUUAUUCCCCGGAAAAUGUUUAUGGCAACGGUAAAAUUAAAAAUAAUACAAAAUUAAUAUGCAAUAAUAACCCUGUAAAUCUACAUACUAAGAAUAUUCAUUCUGGAAUUAGAUCUAGUGAUAUCUCAAGGUCUUCCAAAAAUGAGUCCAGAAUAAUUUCUCUUCUGGAUGGUGCAAUGAGUCACAAUCGGUACUUAUUAAGCCAAAAAGAUACCACAGUAUCUCCACGUAAUAGAGAUCAGCAGACAGGUACUUCUGGUACAGAAAUUUUUCAAGAUAUAGGUGAGAUAAAAGACAUUAUUAAGAAUCUGGUUAGUGUAGCUGAGCACAUGGCUAAACAUCAAGGUAAUAACAAGUUAACAAGAAACACAGCGACAGAAAUCAUUACUCCUCAUAGGUCCACUUCAAAAGUUUUGAAAAAUUCUAUUGCAAUACAAUGUGUUACCACUGAAACAAAGAAUGUAAAAACGUCAGACUUGAAAUUUGAAAAAAAAUCACCAAAAAAAGAAAUUGAAGAAAUUAACUUCAACCCUCGAUUAACAAAAAAGAGUACUUCGUAUCGAAUAAUAGAAAGCGAAUCUCUUCUUCAAAUUCACGAUUUGACUUCUAAGCCUAAGAAAUUAAUUGAAAAGAGAGCUGAUGAUUUGUUGCAAACUGAGUCUUUCCCUAAAUCACAAUCAUUACUUGAUGUGCCGGUUAUAAACCAUAACAGAAAAUUAUUAGCAUUCUAUUGUGACAAAUGCAUAAAAUCAAAGCAAUGCGUGUACAAUUCUUGUAAUCAUAAUGUUCCAUAUGCAAAUAUGUACUCAACGUGCGGCUGUGAAAAUCCAUAUGAUAACUUUAGACAAUUAAAGGUAGAACAUUGUCCCAAUAUAAAUUAUUCUGAGGUAGAAAGGAAACGUGUGCAAUGUAGUGCUGGUAAUUGUUGUGCAAUGCCCGGAAAAACUUGUAUCGAUGUAGAAGCUGACGCAGAAAAUUCAGAUUCACUUACAGAAGUAGAUGGAACAAGUGAAAAAAAAUUUAUUGUUACGAAACGUAGUAUAGGUUUUAAAGAAGGUUGUUUUUACUGCUUUCUUUUAUGGAUUCCAAUAUUAAUAAUAAUGUGGCUUUUUUAUGUAUUUAUAUUGAAAGUAUACCUAGAAUCUAAAGAUAGUUCGACUAAGUCUCCACAAAUAUUGAUUAGUAAAAAUAAUUCUUCUAUGUAUGCAAUAUCAAUGGCUGAUUUGGGGUUUUAA